AUGAGGUAAUCUAGAUUUUUAAAUUAAUCUAAUUAAACAAUAUCAUCAUAAAAACGAGAAUAAACAAUAAAACAUUUAGAUUUAAAAUAAAUAGAAUACAGAAAUGGUAUAUAUUAAGGUUUAGUAAACAAAAACAAUGAAAAAACAGGACUUGGAAUCCAUAUAUGGGAUUCAGGUGAAGUAUAUUUUGGAGAAUGGAAAUUUGAUAAAACAAAUGGAUAAGGGAUUUAUUUUUUAGCUCAAGGGGGUUUUGUCCAUGGAUUUUUUUAUAAAAAUAAACUUAAUGGGCCUGCGUUUAUAAAAUUUUUAAACGGAGAUACAUAUGAAGGCAUAUGGAAUUAAGGAUAAAUGGAAGGAGAAUGUUUCAAAUAUUAUAGAAAUUAAAAUUUUUGGGUAAAAUCUGAAUAUAAAAAUGGAUAAUUAAUAAAAGUUAUUUCUUAAGGAUAAGGAAGACCUGAAUCAUAGAUUAAUUAAAUAUAAUUUAAAGAUGGAGGUUAAUAUUUAGGUAAAGUAAAAAAUGGAUUACCAAAUGGAUUAGGAAUAUUUAGAUACACUGAUGGAAAAUAUGACGUAGGAUUUUAUAAAAAAGGAAAAUUGGAUGGAUUAGGAAGAGUAAAUUUGUAAAAUGGAGAUAUUUAUGAUGGAUUUAUUAAAUAAGGAAACUUUGAAGGAAUAGGAUUGUAUUAUUAAGAUAAAAGCUAAUAGUGGAUUUAUGGGAAAUUUAAAAAUAAUAAAUGUACAAAUGUUUUUAAAAAAGGAAAAGGAAAUUAUCCUUAAGAGAUAAUUGGUUUAUAAAAUUUAUUAUUAUAAAAAUUUAUAUAUAAUAAUUGA